AUGGAAGAAAAGCCGACCUUUUCGACAGCGGCUCGGCCGAGUCUCAUCCGAGCAAGGGCAUCUGAGGAGCAAGUGUACGCACAGCGAAUCGAUUUCAAGUCCAGAAAACAUAGCGGAAACUCGUUCUACACUUUCAGCACUCUCGGCCCGCUGUCGUCAUUCUUGGGGGCGCCCUAUCACCCAUCCGGGGAAGACCAACAAUCUGUUGAAUAUGUUGAAAAUGCACCUAACGGCGAUGCCUUCGUUCACCUGCGGACAUAUGUCCCAGGGGCUAGCAGCCCCAUUAGACACGAUGUGAGAACUCUAGAAGAGCUCGAAACGUCCUUAGACCAAAUAAACUCCUGCCACGUUGGUGGCACCAUCGUGUUUUUAAGGGGCUAUCAGCCGGCACGAUGGCUGAAUGUCAUUGGGCAUAAGCUUUCUCUCGAGCCAGAGUUCUACCGUCGACAUCUUCAUUUCUCUGCCGCGAGCCCCUUUUCUCAGGAACAACAGUAUUCAGAUGCGUCUUUACCGUCAUCCAAGACCCAAAUGAUGCAGUUGAAACUUACAACGCUGGGUACACGAUUCGCUCACAACAACAUCAAGCGAUCGGAACAGGAAGAACAAAGAAGGCUUUCAAGUCUACGAGAGCAGAUUUCCAGUCUUAUGAAGCAAUAUCUUAAGAGCUGGGACCGAUAUGGGCCUGAACUUGAGCAUGGAAUGUCAAUGGCUAGAAACUUCUUUGUGCUUGAUCGCCAGCAUGUUUCAUUGGAACAGACGAUAUCAAUUUGUGUGACGGACAGGCAGAACGAUUCCAAACAUUGGACUGCGGUCGUUUGGCUAGACUUCGGAAGUGGGUUUGGACCUGAUGACAAAGGUCCCUGGAACUCGAAGCUUUUGGAAUACACAGGCAUGCCUGUUAGGUAUUGGGCUACGACACAACAUCGACCUGGGAUUUUUUUCGCCGACGACAAGACUUUGGGAGGCUCGCGACCAUGCUAUCAACAAACAGACGAUGAUGAGAGCUUUGUAUCACAGCCAGCAACUUUCAAGCUAUUACAUGAGGCCUUCGACACACUUCUUGAUUGCGACACAAUGCUAGAGGAUACUUAUUACAGCCUGAGCGGUAUUUUCAGAUUUGCAGUGGCUUCCGAAGCGCAAUUUCUGGACAAGUUGCAGCAUCUUCUCGAAGAGGACAUGCAGCCCGCAGUUCUUGCCGAGACAGAGUUCGACAAAAGACUGACGAUGUGGAAUUUGGUGCACAACAAGCAGAUCCUCGAUCGACAUGUGCAAAGCCUGGAAGAAAUAUGCGAAUUUCUGGAGGCGAAAGAUAGUAAUAAUUGGACCACGGCCAAAUCGGAGAGUGGGUUGAGGAAAGCCGACAUGUCACAUCGGCUGAUUGAACGCGACUACCAAAAGAUGAAGCGCCGGGCUAUCAGGCUGAGUGAGGAUUACUUGCAAAGUACCUCGAUGCUGGCAAAUGCGGCUAUGAUUGAUGAUUCUCAAAGAACCAUCUAUCAGGGAGAAACCGUGCGGAAAUUGUCGACCCUUGGUUUCUUCUUUUUACCACUUUCAUUCUCAACAUCGAUAUUUGGCAUGAAUCUACAAGAGUUGAAUGAAGGUAGCUAUGCAAAGCUUGGUAUUUGGAUAGGCAUUGCUGCGGCAUCUCUCCUUCUCGCCUAUCUGAUGCUUCGAUGGUCUUUCCAUCGCCAGAUGAUGGUUGUAGCUUGGCGAAGGUUAAGAGCCGUACAACAGAACCAGAGUGACGUUUGA